GACGUCACUGUAAGCCUGUCACUGACAUGUGACCGCAUGCUGAGAGGAGGGAGGCAGGGGACUGACAGGGCAGGUCUGAAUGGUAGCGAGAGGCGUGGACUGGACACAGGGCAAUACAAACACACUGACUGGUGUUCUCUAGAUUCAGUGCUGGUAAACGGGCCCCUAUAACCAUACAUAGUACGUCACAGAGGGGUAAUUCCUAAACGUCUCAGGUCUGCCCCUGGUGGCCGCAGCAAAAGGUGUCUCGGUGACUUCACGCAUGGAUGCCCUGGCUGGGCAAGAGAACCCUGGGAGCAGCGGCAGACCGGGGCCUGUGCUGCAUAUUGUGGUGGUGGGCUUCCAUCACAAGAAGGGCUGCCAGGUGGAAUUUUCUUACCCUCCUUUGAUUCCUGGAGAGGGACAUGACAGCAAUCUCUUGCCAGAAGAAUGGAAAUACCUACCAUUUCUUGCAUUGCCAGAUGGCGCACACAACUUUCAGGAAGACACAGUGUUUUUUCACCUCCCACCGAGAAGCGGAGAACGGAAGACUGUUUAUGGUGUUUCUUGUUAUAGACAGAUUGAAGCAAAGGCCUUGAAAGUGCGUCAAGCAGAUGUUACCCGGGAAACAGUACAGAAAAGUGUUUGUGUGUUGAGUCAGCUGCCCCUGUAUGGACUACUUCAGGCAAAGCUUCAGUUAAUUACUCAUGCCUAUUUUGAAGAAAAGGAUUUUUCACAAAUAUCUAUUCUUAAGGAGCUCUAUGAACAUAUGAAUGGUUCAUUAGGUGGAAGUGCAUUAGAGGGAUCGCAGUUAUAUCUUGGUCUUUCUCCACGUGAUCUAGUGCUCCAGUUUAGACAAAAGGUGUUAAUUUUGUUCAAACUCAUCCUCCUUGAGAAAAAGGUCCUAUUUUAUGUGUCUCCUGUAAACAGACUAGUGGGUUCUCUGAUGACUGUUUUGUCUCUGUUUCCAGGUAUGAUUGAACAUGGGCUCACAGAAGGCUCACACUACAGACCUCGGCAAAGCAUUGCAGAAGAAGACAUCCCAGCAGUUUCAUUUUCACUUGGCAAUAGUCCAACACCUUCUCAGAUUUCCAGCUCUAAAGAUGAGGAUACUGAAAUUGGACAAGUCUCUUUAGUAGAACCCAGCAGACCAGAAGUAUCAGCUACUGAACCUGAAGUGGAUGCUAAUGGCAGUAUAGAGUAUCUCAGGCCUCCAUCUCACACAUCUCCAGAAUCUGUUGAAAGUGACUGGGAGACACUAGAUCCAAGCAUUCUGGAGGAGUGUGUCACAGAUGAAGGAGAAGUGUGGAAUUUGGGGCCAGGCCCUUGUGAGCAUCAUACUAAGGACACAAUUACUUCAGGAAGCAUUCCCAUAACAGUACAACCUCAGUCUAAAACAGGACAGGCUGUAUUUACUCCAGGACUUAUAUCAGGUCUAGAAGAAGACAAGUAUGGAAUGCCAUUGGCAAUUUUCACAAAGGGAUACUUGUGUCUACCAUACAUGGCCCUGCAGCAGCAUCACCUGCUCUCUGAUGUUAGUGUCCGUGGAUUUGUAGCUGGAGCAACAAACAUCCUCUUUCGGCAACAGAAACACCUAAGUGAUGCUAUUGUUGAGGUUGAAGAUGCAAAACUUAACAUUCAUGACCCUGAGCUGAGGAAGAUUCUGAACCCUACAACAGCUGACCUCCGAUUCAUUGACCACUUAGUGAAGCAUGUCACUGAAAACAGGGAUGAUGUCUUCCUAGAUGGCACAGGCUGGGAGGGUGGUGAUGAAUGGAUCAGGGCACAGUUUGCACUUUACCUGCAUUCUUUGCUUUCUGCAUCCUCACAGCCAGAGAGUGAGAAGGUGUUGUCAGACUAUGGAUCUGCUUUUAUUGCAAUGUGGAAAAUAACGCACAACUAUAGAGUAUGGAAUAGCAACAAACAUCCCGCUCUUGCAGAGGUCAAUCCAAGCCAUCCAUUCCAGGGCAAUUACAGUGUAUCAGAUGUGAAGCUGCGGCUUUCUCAUUCAGUCCAGAGUAGUGAAAGAGGAAAGAAGUUGGGUAAUGCUGUUGUCACUACAAGCCGUAACAUGGUGCAGACUGGUAGAGCAGUUGGUCAGUCAGUGGGAGGAGCUCUGAUCAGUGCAAAAUCUGCAAUGUCCUCAUGGCUUUCUACCUUCUCUCAGGCAUCAACCCAAGAGCAGCAGGAAGAGAAGCACUGAAUACAACAUAUUGGCUGUGGAUUUUGUAUCCGUUCCCUAUAUUCACAUCAGAUUUGUAUGCAUUAGUUACCUGUGCGAUACCUAUGCGAUCUUAUAAGGCCUCAAUUCACCUCUGUAACUGUCUUUUUGAGGAGCGUUUCUUUAUACUUAUCCUUCUAGGAUCCACAGUCCUUAUAAGUGUCAGCGGAUGUGUGAGUGCAACCUCAGACUGGAGUUAAUUGUUCCUUGUUUCACAAGAAACGGUGUAUGAAGUUGUGUCUGAAGAGUUUACAGUGUACAUUGUUUGUUAGUUGAUGGGUGAAUCAACUUUAUUUAUUUCCAUACCUCCCUGUCAUUGUGUUUGAAGUAUUUUAUUGUACUAGGCAACUGUAACCUGCAUCCCAGUUGGCACAAGAGCUAAAAAUGUAUGCAGCUAUUUUCAAAUUCAGUCUGCAUCUUGUUGUAUAAUGAGGUUCUGCAACUUUCUACUUUGUGUUUCAUUGUAUGACAACUGUUUGCUGUCAGUGAAUAAAAACAUCUCUUAUUUUCA